UUCCUCGGCAAAAGCAGCAGCGUCUUUGAACGCGAAUGGCGACCAUUUCGGUCUCUUCCGCCACCGUGCGCGCCACCGCCGCCUCCGCUCCGCCGCCUCCGUCCAGGUUUCCGUCCUACUCUUUGGACCACUUUGGAACGAUCAAGGAGAAGAUCGACACGCGCCUGCACUCUUCUCGCCGUUUCUUCCUCCCCUCCGUUGCCUCGCUCAAUCUCAGGAAGCUUCGCCUGCAAGCGCAAGGCGCGGAUUACUCCUCCCUGUCCCCAUCUGAAGAUGCGAACGAUGCGGAAGACGGCGAUUUUUCCUGGUCAUCUAUCAUUCCUCCGUUCUUGUUCCCCGCUUUGGGGGGCCUUCUCUUUGGUUAUGACAUUGGAGCCACGUCCGGAGCUUCCAUUUCUCUCCAAUCUGCCGAACUCAGUGGUACCACUUGGUUCAGCCUCUCAGCGGUGCAGCUUGGGCUUGUGGUGAGCGGUUCACUUUACGGAGCUCUUGCUGGAUCACUCAUAGCAUACCCCACUGCUGAUUUUCUUGGAAGAAGAAGAGAAUUGAUUGUAGCUGCUGCACUCUAUCUUGUUGGUGGGUUGAUCACGGGAUUUGCCCCUGAUCUUGUUGUUCUUAUCAUUGGUCGAUUCAUCUAUGGCACUGGCAUAGGAUUGGCCAUGCACGGAGCUCCUCUUUAUAUCGCAGAGACUUCACCAUCACAAAUACGUGGAACACUAAUAUCACUGAAGGAACUUUUCAUUGUUCUUGGGAUAUUGUUGGGCUAUCUUGUGGGUAGUAUUCAGAUUUCUGCUGUUGGAGGCUGGCGUUACAUGUAUGGUGUAAGUGCACCAAUUGCGCUUGUAAUGGCUUUGGGCAUGUGGAAUUUGCCACCAUCCCCAAGAUGGUUACUUCUAAGGGGAGUUCAAGGGCAAGGUUCUUUGGAGGAUUAUAAAGAAAAGGCUAUUAAUGCAUUGACAAAGCUUCGGGGUCGUUCAGUUACUGAUAAAAAAAAUGGCAAGGAAAUAGAAGAAACAUUGACUUCUCUGAAGGCUGCCUACGCUAAGGAAGAACCUGAAGGUAGUUUCUUGGAGGUCUUUCAGGGAGCAAGUUUGAAGGCCUUUAUAAUUGGAGGAGGGUUGGUACUCUUCCAGCAGAUAACUGGACAACCAAGUGUCUUAUACUAUGCUACUUCAAUUCUUCAGAGUGCUGGAUUUUCAGCUGCAUCUGAUGCUGCUAGAGUUUCAGUUGUGGUUGGGUUUUUCAAGUUGCUGAUGACUGGACUAGCUGUUCUGAAAGUUGACGACCUUGGGAGACGUCCAUUGUUGAUAAGUGGUGUUGGUGGAAUCGUGUUAUCUUUAUUCCUUCUUACAGCUUAUUACAAAUUUCUCGGAAGCUUUCCUCUGGUUGCAGUAGGUGCUUUGCUUUUAUAUGUUGGCUCAUACCAGGUAUCGUUUGGCCCAAUCAGUUGGCUGAUGGUUUCUGAAGUAUUUCCUAUUCGUACGAGAGGCCGUGGAAUCAGUCUCGCAGUUCUCACCAACUUCGGGGCGAAUGCAUUAGUCACAUUUGCCUUUUCUCCCCUGAAGGAGCUUCUUGGACCAGAGAACAUCUUUCUUCUAUUCGGAGUGAUUGCCUUGCUCUCGCUCGCCUUCGUUCUUUUCUACGUCCCGGAGACAAAAGGCCUGAGUUUGGAGGAAAUUGAAGCUAAGAUACUGAAAUGAAGCUGUUCGUGACGAAGCUAUUUUCAGAAAAGUUUCAAUGAAACAUCUUCACUGUUCAGUUAAGUAGCAGAAGUUCCUUCCAAGUGCCAAAAUGUUUCACCAUUUAAGAUUUCAUUUUUGUAAACAAAUAAAAGAUGGAUUAAUACAGAUGAUUGUGUAUCAGAUUGGCAUUGUUUUA